AUGCGAAUGGCAACAAGUCAACCAGACAUAACUACACCAUCUUCCUCAUCCAAAGGAAUGUUUGCAUGGAUGCUUCCAAUUUAUACAGUUGGCGUCGUUGCAUUCCUUAUUUAUACCCUAGUUAAGUCAAAAAAGAAGCGACGAAUUAGGCGGCAUGAUUAUUCAUCGACGGAAAGUGAUUCAGACGAAGAUUAUAAUCGGAACGAUGGACGAACAAGGGGCAUUGGUAAACGGAAGCUGAAGGGACUUCAGGAACGUUUAAGGCAAACUGAAAUGGCAAUGGAGAAGAUUUUGGAACAGUUGAAUACAAUUUCUGCUGAAGUAGCUGGCGCAACGAAGCAAAAUUUGGCAGAGGAGACAGGAAAUAAGGAUUCACUGAAUCAGUGUUCUGACCAACAAGAUGGGAAAACAGAGCAAUAUUUGCGGGAUCUUGAGGAGGCAUUACGCGAUUUCAAGGAGCUUUCCAAAAGAUACAAAAAAGAAGGCAAUGAUAGUAGCAUCAGUGACACUGAUCCAUACACUGAUGAAGGUAUACACGAUGAAGCCGCCAUGGAUACAAGUGAGCAACGCAAACUUCAAGAACCUAGUUCUUUCGAUAAACAUCUAAGAAAGCGUGGAAAAAGUUAA